AUGCCAGCAAUGAAGCGACCAAGCUCGGCGGCAGCGGAGGGGGCGAAGAAGAAACCAGCCGCUUCAGGCUCAAUCCGUGAGACGGUGGACGCGAUCCAGGAUUGGGCAGAGCAACGCGGUGAAGGUGAAGAGUCAGAGGUGAGGGAUAAACAGAAGGCCCAAAAGUUCCACAAGAUGCUGAGCAAUGGAUCGCUACCUGACCAUAUAGUGCACAUGUUUCAGGUGGAAAGCAAAACAGCCAAGGAGGGGCAGCGAGCCUACCAAACCAAGCUCAUCAACAGCUUGUUCGAGAAGGGCGAUGAUGGAUCCUUUCGCGUGAUGUCUGAUCGUCAACAAUUCCAAGAAUACAGGAAGGUUUGGAAGGCCAACGUCGCCAAGGACAAGACUGAGGCCAUGCCAAAGACUUUGAUGUUGGCAAGUCACUUUCACGGAAAUGAGGCCCUGAUGAACCAGGCGAUCAACAACGGCGAGCUCAUGUCGAAGAUUGACCCUGUGUCAAAGCUUGA